GGUGUCUUAUAAGCGUGUCUAGCAUAGUCUCAUCUAUAGACCAAUGUCCAUAUCCAAAAACCUAAACUUUUAAAGUCCCACCAUCCCACUAUCUUAGUACUAUGUAGCAUGGGCUGUUACCUUUAUGUUUCCCAUGCUACCUACCUAGUACAUCCAACUACAUAGUAGGUAUACAUGUAGGUAUAUAUGUAGCCUAAUAAUGUAGGUAUAGAAACAGAAAGGGUCGUGGCUUCCCCUCGGGUAGCUUUCCCUUUUCUGUAUAGUAUACCUAGGUAUUAUGUACUAGGCAGCUACUAUGUAACUAUCCAAGGAUAUAUGUAUAUUUCCUUACUGUGCAAGGGAUGUAGGAAGUCACGAUACCCCUUAUUUAGGGUUACCGCACUCUCCUUGUCCAAUAAACCUCCAGAUGUCCGGAGCAGACUAUCCCCACUUCAACUUGGCAAUGGUAAAAGCCAGCAGGAUAGCCGGGAUGACGUUUAGUCCUUUCCCUACCUAGCUAUUAAGUACCAUUUUACCCCCUCAGUCCUAGAUCAUUCUAUAAUAUUUUCCAUUCGGACCCAGCAGGCAAAGCGGCCACUGUAUCUCAGCAUCUUCCCUUACUUUCACUUCUACUCAAACAGCCCAUCUAACCCUGCGUCAGUCUCCGCCAGUAAAGAUGCCGACCAACAAGCAACGACCACCCUUCCGUGCCGAGCACCUCGGCUCACUGCUACGCCCGAAGGAGUUGGUCGAGAAGCGCAUCAAGCUUGAUGAGAAGAAAGCUCUUGAGAUUGCCCAGGACAAGGAGCUCCAUGAACUCGAGGACAAGUCCAUCGAUGAGAUUGUCAAGCUCCAAUUAGAUCUUGGAUACCAUGCCAUCAAUGAUGGUGAAUACCGUCGUCAUCAGUUCUGGGGAACUUUCUUCCCUAACCUCGAAGGAUUCGAGGAAAUCCAAAACCCGUCGUGGGACAUAUUCCGGAUGUACGUCCCUGAUACCGCUGCCUUCACCGAGACGGGUCAUAAGCCUGGUGAGACUAUUGUCUGUACCGGAAAGAUCAAGCAUGCUGGAAGCGCGUACAUAUCCGACUGGAAUUAUCUCAAGAAAUUGGUGCCCGCCGAAAAAGUGAAGGAUCUAAAAAUAACACUCGCCGCUCCUGAGUGGUAUCACCUUAGAUAUAAGGAGGGCAGGGCUUAUCCGAAGGAGGUGUAUGCCAAUGAUGCGGAGUACUUUGCCGAUAUCGCCAUUGCCUAUCAAACAGAAUUGCAAGUUCUAUACGACAACGGCUGCCGAAACGUCACAAUUGACGACCCGAACUUAGCAUACUUUUGUGACGAGAAGAUGAUUGCUGGAUUCAAGGCAGACGGUCAAGAUGCUGACGCGCUUCUUGACUCGUACAUCAAGCUGUACAACGAUUGCGUAUCGUCACGCCCGGCUGAUAUGCACUUGGGAAUCCACCUUUGCCGAGGAAACUUCGCGUACAGUAAACAUUUCUCGGAAGGAGGAUACGACCGAAUUGCUACCAAGCUUUUCAACAAUAUUGAUGCCGACACGUAUUUCCUCGAAUACGACACGGAGAGAGCAGGCACAUUCGAGCCUCUCAAGGAGUUACCGGCGCACAAGAAUGUCAUCCUAGGUGUCAUUACCAGCAAGUUCCCCGAGCUCGAGGAUCUUGAGGAGACUCGCGGCAAGGUCUUCCAGGCUGCCGACAUUAUCGCAAAGGGUGCUGGGCAGACCCGCGAGGAAGCUCUCAAGAGAAUUGGUGUUAGCCCGCAAUGUGGGUUUGCCAGCCAUCAUCUUGGCAACGCCGUGACGCGAGAGGAUAUGAUCGCAAAACUGAAGUUGGUGAGAGACCUUGCGGACUCCAUUUGGCCAGGAGAGCCUUAAGGCAUUACUGAGCACUCGUUUCCACUCAUGCAACGUAUGACAUGAAAAGGGUAGCAUAUAGGUGUACUCGGAAAAAUAGGCGAAAAUGUGUAUUCAACAUGCAAAUUGGGAGCGAAAACGGAUUCGACCAAAUACCUAACCUUAGGUAAUAAUCGUCGAUUGAAAUACCUAAAAGCUAACAAUCCGGGAUGCGGGACGGGUGCUUAGGUAUUUAUAUUGGGAAAAUAAAUAUUGAUUCACAUGCUUAGGUAUGCAGGUAUCAACCAUCCAGGUAUACCACUGUGUAACUCUCCUCUUAUGAGUGGAAUCGGUUCUGCAUGCCACAGAUCGUGAAACGCUGAAACAAAGAGGAAUGGUUUCGCUACACAGCAAUACGAAUAAAGUACCUCGCAAGGUAGGCUAUUGCAUAGUAGAA